CCUCUGGUAGAUGAUUGCUGUUCUCUCAGAGUUCAACAUGUCUCCAGUUAGGUUGCUCUUAUCUUGUCUCCUUUUCAAAGAAGCUCUAGGUCUGCCAGGGAGUUUUUGGCAUAUCACGGAUUUGCACUGGGAUCCUUCUUACAAAGUGUCGGAUAAUCCAGCGCUUGUGUGCGCGUCCAGCGGUAACAGACCCGCGCUGGGAGCUGGUCCGUUUGGAGACUACCUUUGUGACUCGCCAUGGCGACUCAUCAACUCCUCUGUGUAUGCCAUGAAGAAAAUCCUCCCGAACCCGGACUUCAUCGUAUGGACAGGAGAUGAUACACCGCAUGUGCCCAAUGAGGAUUUAGGAGAGGAUGCAGUGGUCAACAUGGUCAGCAACCUAACACAGAUUAUAACUGAAGUGUUUCCAUUUACUAAAGUUUACUCAGCCCUGGGUAACCAUGACUACCACCCCAAAAACCAGCUUCCUGGAGCCCCAAACUAUAUCUAUGACCAAAUAGCAGAAAUGUGGCAUAACUGGUUGGACCCACAAUCCAAAGAAACAUUUAAAAAAGGUGGAUACUACACAGAAAAGCUACUGAACCGACCAGGUUUCAGGAUGCUGGUCUUGAACACAAAUCUCUACUAUGACCAGAACGAUGCGACCAAAGACAUGGUUGAUCCAGCAGACCAAUUUAGUUGGUUGGAUCGUAUCCUUACAGAAGCAGCUACCAACAAAGAGAAGGUGUAUAUCAUUGGCCAUGUUCCACCAGGUUUCUUUGAAAAGAAAAGAAACAAGCCGUGGUUUAGACAACACUUCAACAAGCAAUUCUUGGAUUUGAUUGAAAAGCAUCAUGCUGUCAUAAUUGGGCAGUUCUUUGGCCACCAUCAUACUGACUCUUUUCGCAUGUUUUACAAUAAAGAGGGCGAGCCUAUUAGUGCAAUGUUCCUCAGCCCGGGAAUCACACCAUGGGAAACAACACUUCCUGGGGUUGUGGAUGGAGCUAAUAACCCUGGGAUUCGUGUGUUUGAAUAUGACACUGAAACACUCCUGGUCAAAGAUGUGGUGACAUAUUACCUCAAUCUCACCCAUGCAAAUGCCGUCCAAGAACGCUGGGAAAAAGAGUAUCGCCUCACAGAAAGUUUCAGAGUACCAGAUGCCUCUCCAGCCUCCAUGCACCAGAUUCUUAAUCGCAUGGCUAGCGAUCAGUGCUACCUGCAGAAGUACUACGAGUUCAACUCUGUCAGCUAUGACCUGAAAGACUGCGACAGUGACUGCCGUGUUGACCAUGUGUGUGCAGCCAGAGAAUUAGACUUUGAAAGGUAUGAACAAUGUCUGGUAAAAGAAGGAGCAGCUUCCAUAUAUGGGGGACUGCUGUUGGUCCUUCCUGUGGCAGUGAGUCUGGUGUUUGGCUGCUGGUGGUGAUCAAUAUCAUAGUAAAUGUUGGAAACAUAAUAAUAAUAAUAAUCAGCGAUGUAAACCUAUUUCUUUUAACUCUCAAAGUUCUUCUUACCACAGGAAUAGUAACUGGCUGUCUGGACAUGCCUCCAUAAGUCAACAUUGAUCCUCCAGCUCUAUAUAUAUACAUAGAAAAAGUGUAAUUUUUAAAUGGGAAGAUGAAAUAUUACUGUAUUUUAGUCAUGUUUAGUCACAUUUUUUCAUGGAACCAUUAUACAGCUUACUGUAAAUGACGUAGCAGUUCUGUCGCACUCUUGCCUCCAAGCAAGUUUUAGAUUUAGCGACUUUGAAUUCAGACAUUAUAUUCUUAUCAUUAAUUUAUCAUUCCUACAAUUAAAUGUAGGAAUUUUAUUCUACAUUUCCUUCUAAGAAAAACAAAUGUUUUUUUAUUAUUUGUAUUUGCUUGUGUCGGUGUAUUAAAUAGCAAAGGUGAUUAAUUGCUGAACAUUCCAAAUAAAAUGGUGUUA